AUGUUACUAAGCUCUUCUUCAGUCUCAGAAAAUGAUAUCCUCACUCUGAGCUUUGGUAUCACAGCCACGGUGUUUGCAAUCGUCGCAAUUUUUGUAUCAUGGAAGGGCAGAAACACGGAUAGAAGACAAAGUGAGACCCACCUCGAACUCGCUCAACUAGCCCCCUCACAGCCUCCACAAUCUGCGACACCCUAUGCAGAUUUUAAUACACUCCCAGAUACUACCGAGACUCCACCACCGGUCACCAGAGCCUUGAGCGAUACAUUAGAAGCGGUCUCGAGGCUGUUGAGGAAUGGAACUUGA